CCGGACCACCGCCCAGCCCAAUCUCCAAAUCCCCCAAUCCGCUCCGAGAACCAAAAAUGGCCGCAAAAAAGCUCGCAUUUUUCCUCGUCUCCCUCGCCGCCGUGGCGGCGGCGCCGGCGUCCUGCGAAGAAGGGAACUCGACGGAGUUCAUCCGGAGGUGCUGCGAGGCCACGCGUUACCCGCGGCUCUGCUUCAACUCCAUGGCCGGCUACGCGAGCCUGGUGCAGGGGAGCCCGGUGCAGGUGGCCCAGCUGGCCACCAACCUGACCCUCGGCCGCAUCAGCGGCGUCGCCAGCCGGGUGGAGCUGCUCCGGCACGGGGCGUCUGGCCGGAAGGCGGCGGCGCUGUCGGACUGCGCGGAGGCGCUGGGGGACGCGGCGGACCAGGCGCAGCGGACGGCAGCGGAGCUGGCGGGGCUGGGGGCGGCGGUCGGGCCGGAGGUGGCGUGGCGGGUGUCGAACGCCCAGACGUGGAUGAGCGCCGCCCUGACGAACGAGGAGACCUGCACCGACGGCUUCGAGCGGGUGGGGCCCUGGCCCAUCAAGGCGGAGGUCUGCCGCAGGGUUCGCCGGGUCAAGCACUUCACCAGCAACGCCCUCGCCCUCGUCAACAACCUCGUCGCCACCCACUGAUCCCCUUCCGUUGAAUUAGAUCUGAAUGGAUCCUAGUUAAUUCGUUCAUCUAAGUUAAUAUGUUAUUCAGUUAGCCAGGGGUAACUUUAGGUCCGUUUAUAACUAGUUACGCAUUUUAAUAUAUUUAUGUAUAUAUGUGGUUUUUUUUGGUAGAAUAUUUAUGUAUUUAUAUAUGGUUAUAGUCUUAUAGGAGGAGGAUAAAAGAGUAGUUGUCCGUAGUGGUCUUUUAUGAUGGUUAAUUUAUAGUUGAAGUUGUGUGGGAAGUGAAAAGUAGUUGGUUUCUCGUUUGAGAUGCAAAUAUAUAUUCUC